AUGGCAGGACUGGACGUACGAAACAUCUACAACCUGAAGGAGGUUGUGGGCCCAGCGCGGGCGCAGCAGUGCAGGACGGUGCAGCCGGCGGCGUCGCCGACUUUUGGCGCGCUGAGGCUGUCGGGGUCACCGGCGGCGCAGCCGCUGUCGCCGACCUCUCGUACGAUGGCGCAGCGGGCCGAGGUGGGGGAGGCGGAGCACCUGCUGCGCGAGCGGACGCAGGUCUUGACUGCGGCCGAGUGGCGGGAGCGGCAGGCGCAGCUGGGGGACGCGCUGGUGCUUGAUCUAAGCACACAGGGGUUCCAGUUGAAGGGCGCGCAGCGCCGCGUGCACCUGUCUUUUCCGAGCACGCUGCUGCGGCGGCCGAACUUCCCAUUCAGCAAGCUGGUGCGGACGUUGAACAGUGAGACGCAGGCAAGCCUGCUGGAGCAUCUGGACACUAGCAAUGCAAUAGUUUUGUUUGACGAUGGCUCCUCUUUUUGGAAUAAUUGUCUUCAGACGACCAUAACCGUGCUGCGAAAGCUGCUCACAUACCUGGAGGAACAGAAGGCGCACACGCAGCGGCAGGUUCCGAUUUUCCUCUUGCAAGGUGGGGUGAAGGCCUUCGAGAGCCAUCAUUUUGUGUCCCCUGCGGUGAAGAACGGCUCUUCGGCAGACAAGCCGAAGCUUACGUUGAAAUUAUGCAUCCCUGGGAGAACUCAGGACAGUGGUUCUGACGGGACUGGUGUUACUGGGCGAUCUGCGCUCGACAAUUCGUCUGAGCUUUUCAUACAAUCCAUGAAGGGGGACACAUUGCAUUACUCGCCCAGUUCGUUGCUGAAGUACUUCAAGUAUCACACGCCGGCAAAACUGCCGAAGCAUGUGCCUCCAUGGCUGAGCCCUUUCAAUAGAGCCUGUGACAGCGUCCUCUCUCAGAUAAUGGGCAAGUUUGAACUAUUGGAGAAGCUGGAAGUAAUGCGGCUACAACAGUGUUUAUCUGGGUCUACACCUAGUAGCACAUAUUCGCAGCUUGCGAAGACCAGUUCCAAACUAUAUUCCCUAAGGGAUUUGCAGAAAAAAUACAGGUCACCUAGAGUGAAUUUGGAAGAUGGGGAUGAGGCGAGAGCUUUCCAUAGCAAGAUCGACGAUUCCUAUAAUACACUGGGUCAAUGCAAGCUGGAACGUGAUAUACAUGAGGAAUUAAAUGAUAACGAGAAUAAAGAAAUUUUGAACAAACUUGCUUUUGGACAUAGCUCUUCAGAUGCAAUCGAGGCGGCCUCCGUGGUCCGACAAGAAGAUGAGGACCACUCAGAUGCGCCGAACGAGUAUGUUAUCACACAAGGACUCAACUCUUUUACCAAAAACAGAUAUUCAAAUAUCAUACCGUAUGAACAUACACGUGUGAGGCUAGAACCAUCCCCUGUGGGAAACAGGUCGUUAGCUAAAACCUUUCUCCAGUCUACUUCACACUUAUCUCCGGCGGCUGCACCUUCAGAUAGCAACCCUGUCGUUGAUCACCUGAAGGUUCCGGCCCCUUCCUCAUAUUUCGUCAAAAAUACCGAAAGUGCAUUUACACCACUUGCAGGUACAACACCAAAUGAGCCAUUUAAUGAUUAUUUCAACGCGAACUACCUGACUUUACCUGAAAUCAAUUCUAAAUGCAGGUACAUAGCUACCCAAGCACCAUUGCCAUCUACAGUGGAUGAUUUUUGGAAAGUUAUUACAACCAAUUCUGUAAAAGUUAUUAUUUCGUUGAAUUCGGAUGAUGAAUUAAACUUGCGUAAGUGGGACAUAUAUUGGGGUUCUGAUAGUGUGCAUAAAUUUAAUAUCACCAUUUUGCACAGCUUUGAGAACGUUCGUGGUUUAGAUGGCAAUAUUGUGCGGGUUUUCAAAGUCCAGAAAAAAUCGACUGUCGCAGGCAGCAGCGCUGAGGAUUCGCAAUCUAAUACGCAUAUCGUGUAUCAGAUUCAAUAUAAAAAAUGGCUGGAUUCGUGUGGCAUUGUAAUGUCGGAUUUCCUGCAGUUGUACAAUGUUAAAAAUGCUCUCCUCAAUGAUCCGGACAGUUUCAUUCGACAACAACUAGAAGAUCGGAAUACACUGAUAGACAUAGAUGAGGAUCCGAGUUUAUUUCGCCGGACAGAGAGCCAUUCCCCGCUGCUUGUGCAUUGCAGUGCAGGCUGCGGCCGAACUGGAGUUUUCAUAACUUUGGACUUCUUAUUAACUGUUCUCCACUCUCCGUUGCAGGUUUACAAUAAAAUUGACGUCUGGAACAUGGAGGAAGACCUCGUAUUCAUUGUCGUGAAUGAAUUUAGAAAACAGAGGAUAUCGAUGGUACAGAACUUGACGCAGUACAUUACCUGCUAUGAAAGUCUGUUAGAUUUCUUCUCAUUGCAUGAAAACCGCGGCGCAGUGGCUCAAUAUUAA